UGUAAGGAAAAGAAUAGCGCAUUUUUAAGAUAUGAGCUUUCGAAAAAUGAGUAGCCCAAAUUCGAUUUUCAGUUGGCGAGAACUUAUAAAAGUAGCCCAAUCAGCUACUUGUAGCUGAAUCUGGCAACACUGCUCCGAAAAAUACUGUUAAUAGAGUCUGACAAAGUUCUUUGAUGACGGCGAAGAAAGAAAUGCAACCCUGAGCAGAAAAGUUAGGGUCAAGUGUCAGACAUUCCAAAUGUGCUUUCGUCACGUGUUCAACUACACUGGACAAAUGUUUUAUAAAUCCCUCAAAUGAAUCACUGUUUAAUAAUGCCUUGAUGGAGUAGCAGAGCUAUUCACUAUGACGUAUGCAGGCAACUCUAUCUUUAGCUCACCAACGAAGCAAUCUUCCCUGGAUGACAUUAUAACUACCUUCGAGAAAAUAUAUGACGAGUUUAUGUCGUCUGAGAGUCGUCGAUCUGAUCAAAAAAACGAGUCUUCAAGUGAGAUUUUAAAGCCAACUGAAAAUAAUCCUUCAACAGAAUUGGAAAUCGUUAAAAAUAUAUUAGAUAAUUUAGAUUUUAAGAAGUAUCGGAGAAGAAAUUCUCUUCAAAUGGAAGAGUUUACAAAGCCAUUUGGUUUAUUUCGAAGUUUAUCCUUUACUUCAGAAGUUCAUCAUAUGAAACCAAAUGAAUCAGAUUCUGCGAGUCAACGACAUGAUCACAUCACACUAGAAAAUCAUGAUAGUGUUCAUCAUCUGUCAAUUAGUAAUCAGAAAAAGAAGCAUCACAGUGAUCCAGGUGGAUCUUCUGGACAUAUGACAAUAGGAUCAUCGCGUAGUGAACCUGAUUUAGGAAAACCCUCCAAUCCAUUAAAACCAGUUUUCAGCUGUUCUCCUUGUAAGAGCCCUCAAGAACAAAGACUAUAUUCUAAAAGAAGGUUAAGAGGUCCAUAUGGGGAAUUACUUGAAGAAGAAAUGCGAAAAUCAGGUGAAAAACAAAGCACUCAAGAAGUAUCUCAGCAAAACAUCAAAGAGGACACCAGAACACAUGUUGUGACUGAAAUUUUUGAGACUGAAAAAUCUUAUGUGGAGUCUUUACAUGUUCUAGUUAAUGUGAGUAUAUGAUUGUGAAACUCAUUUCAUUUCAAAAAUGAAUGUUUAUUAAGACAUACAUUAUUAAAAACAUCCAGAAUGAACUCUCUUGAUAAAAUAUCAGGGGAAACAGUAACUAAUAAAUUUUAUACAAAAUAAACUACACAGUUUAAACAUACUAUGAUAGAUAAAAGAAAAAAGAAGGGAAUAUUUACCAUUUCUUCAAAUAGUAAAACAUUUCAAACAUAACACAGCUUCUCUACCGUUUCCAAGAUCUUUCAUCAUAUCCAAUUUUUUUAGAUGCUUUUAAUAAUCCAUCCUCCUAAAAAGUUUAAAACCAGUCCAGUUAUCUUUGGUUAAGAGUUAGGACAGUAUCAAAGGUUAAAACGAUUAAACAAAUCCUAAGUACUUUUCGUGUUUGAUUUUGUAACUUAAAAUAUUAUCUGCACCAAUUAAUUGGAAUAUUUGACCUCUUUGAACUAUUAACAUGGAGCGUUUGUAAAAAGUGCUUAAAGGUGCUUAUUUUCGUUUUUUAAAAGGCCUUAAAGGUGCUU